AUGCCAGCAAGCACAGUGUGGAUGGAAAAGGUCUUCUCGAUCGGCAAGAUAUCGUCCCAUUUAUUUCAGAAUCAUCGUCUUGGGACAUUAUCAUUCAAUAGUGUUGGAUGUGGUGGAGUAUUCGUUCGUAAUUCUAAGGUCGGUCGGAGUAAUUUAUUCAUGAAUAGAAAUUCCGACUUGUAUGCCAAUCCAUCAUGUUGUAGAUGGUAUGAUGAUCAAGAAUAUUGCAACUCACAUCAGCGACUCUAUCAUACAAAUAUGAAAAAUUAUGAAACAAACAAAGAAGAGGAAACUGAAAUGGAAAUUUGUGUUAAAAACCUUGAAUUGUUGGAAAAAAAAGUUUCCGAGAUUAUUUCAAAAGAAUUAUCAAGCAGUGGCAAUGAAGAAGUAAAGCGAACCAUUCAACAAGCAAAAAAAAAGAUCGGAAGUGAUGUCUUCACUCUCGUCUCAAUGUUCAGCACCGUAUGUCGAUCUGAAGGUGAGAAUUUGCCAUCUCUUCAAUUUAUGAGAGAGUAUUUGAGAGCGAUCCGAUUGUGUUUGAAAUGUGGAUUGCGAGGAUGGAUAGAACUGAACACGAGUGAUGAAUUUUUAACGUACUUGAUUCGAGAACGAGAACGAUUGUCGGAAAUUAAUGAUGAAACACCCACUGUGCUUCCUUUCAUUGUUGAUAUGAUCAGAAAUGAAGUGAUCUCAGAAAAAGGCACGAAUUCAGCAAAAGUUGAAACUCUAGAUGAAGAGGAACCUGAUUGGCUUUUUAAUUAUCUUCUAAAUGCAUUCAAAAACUCACCACUUCUCACGGCCUACGCGGAAAAUAUUAACAUUUGCCAAUUUAUUCAGCAAUAUCUUGCGGACUACGUUUCCAUGGGAAUGCACAUUAUUUCGAACAGUGACCUGAACCCUAUUGAGACUGUUAAAAUGGAAGCUGAAUUCUUUGAAGCAGUGUUUUAUUGGAGCUAUUACGUUUGCUCCAUCAAUUCAUUUGUCAUUGAAGAAAACUCACUCGCUCACAUGAAGAAAAUAUGUGACCAGUAUGAAUAUUGGAAGACUCAAAAUAAGAGUAUUACAUUCAGAGAUCUUGGGACCGGCGUGUCGAUAUCUCUAGAUUCUUGUAUGGAAGUUGUGAGAGCGGUAAUAGCACUCUGUGAAAACAAACCUACGGAAGCCGAACAACAUCUAUUGUAUGCAAUUGAAAUUGAUCCAUCAAAUAUUCAUGCGCAAGGGCUUUUGGCACGAGAAUGUUCUUUCGCAGUUCAUCCUGAAAAGCUUGAAAAACUUGCAGAAAUUCAAACAGUUAUUUCUAAAAUUAAUUCUAUCAUUGACACUGUUCAUAAUCGACAACUUGGUGGUGAAUUUCCCGAUCAAGAAUUGCCUCCGUUCUCUGCUGACACCAACAUUAAGGCCAGUUUACUAUUGCAUGCUGCCUCACUGGUUCCAAAAGAAAACAAAGCUCGCCUCGAACUCAUCAAAAAGUCAAGCUCAACCUUUGACUUGUCAGAUUUGUACUGUAAAAUUCCUUACAACAUUGUGAAUGCCUAUAAUAGAAUUAGAAUUCUAUAUAGCUUGGAAAAGUAUGAAGAAACAUUCCAGGCCAUCAAUGAAAUUCUUGGCAUAAAAUUCAAACUCACCGAAGAUCAAUUGAGAGAUAUCAUCAUCAUGAUGAAUAUGUCUCUGAUUGAACUAAAUAGAGCUGAGGAAUCGAUCAAACUCCUAGAGCCUUAUAUUAGAGGUAUGCCUUAUGAUUUAGAGUUGCGAUAUUCAUGGCUUUUCACACAUGAAACUCUUGUCCACCAAACAACAAGUGCACCUCACAAAAAGAAACACGCCAUUGCCAACUGUGUGAACGAAUAUCAAAAACUUCUCACUGCCCUUAAAAAUUCACCUUCUUCACAAAAUCUCCAAGAUCAUAUUUCAUUCAUUCAAAGCAAGUUACAGCAACUGAAUACGGCAUGGAGUGCAAACAAUUAA